CGUCUGUCGUCUAGAAUAAUGCAAUGGUGGUGUUAUGAAUAAAGGGAUAUGGAAAUUGAACUUGUAAAUUGAGCAAGCAAAUUCGUCUUGUGUUUUUGCCUCGUGUGGAAAUAAUGAUGUUUUAUAAUAAAAAACUGUGCCUAAUCUCAAAUAGACUGCUGCUUUAAUGAUUAUCAAAAUAGAAUCAGAUGGCUAUCAAAAGUAUUUGUCCAUAUAAUGAGUAAACGGACUCGACAGAAGCAGUAACUGUUUAAUUUUAAGACCUGUAAAAAUAAAUAUAUCACCAUGUUGUAUGUAUUCCAUGUUGAUGCUGGUUUAAUGACCACAUAUGAUAUGAAUCUCACAUUACAAAGUGUUGCUAGUUUAAAAGCAGCCAUUGAAAGAAAGACUAAGAUACCAGCACAUUCCCUAGUACUUCUUGUAAGUGGUGGAGAAGUAUUGCAGUCUGAUCAUAUGGUUUCAUCAUACAGCGCGGGGACUGAUACCAAUCCAAUUUAUAUGUUUAGUAAACCUUCAGUAAAGGAGAGUCAUAUAAAACAAUCCAUGUGUGGAGAUCUCAGUCCUAUCGUCGAAUUGAGUACAGGGGAGUUUCGUAGCGACUCAAGUGCCUUUGAUGGAAAAUCAGUAGCUGAACUCAGAAAAUCGGUGGAGGUCUGUUGUUCCAUGCAGCCAAAUGUAAACACUGUGAUGUCAUGUGCGACGCUCGCUAAGCAGUUCAGUGACCUUGCUCACGAGGUAUCGAGGAGCUGUGAACAGCUGGUACAUGAGCAGCAUUUGCAGCAUCAGGGCUGGGCAGCUGUUGUAGCGAAUUUAGAAGAUAUAUUCAACGAAUUUUGCGAAAGGUCGCGAAGUUUCAAAGAGUCAUUCAAAAAACAUCGAAUUAAAAAGGAGGAGUAUCAUGAAAUGCUAAACACUUUAAAUGAAGUACUUGAAUCACUGGGCAAGAUUCCAAUACUAUCGGCGCUUCAAUUGCAUGCUGAAGCACAUCGUUUCUCUGCUUUCGAUGUUUUUGAGGAGACUGACUUUGAAGGUCAUCACUAUGGCAGCCAACAACGAUCGGACACUAGUUCUGAGAAUAGAACGGCGCAGGAUUUCGGUGUUGGAGUCUUUAAGCUAUCUGAUGAAGAUGUGUUCGAUCAAAAGAACGCAUCGGGAAGUAACGAUGAAGCACCCGCAGAGAGUCAUCAGAUAGAAGAAUCGGAUGAGGGAGUUACGUUCAAAGCGCCCUCUAUCGAGAGUAAAGAGGAACCCACGUUGUUGCACUGGAUAUUGGCACAGGGGAAUAAGGCCUCGCUGCAAGAUAUACUCGAUUACUGCCAGAAGGCCUUGGCUUUGAUCGAUGCAGAACCUCUAAAAGAGCGUGAAGCCCAAUUGUACCAAAUCCUAGAAUAUGCCAACAUGCACGGGUUGAAGCAAAUAAAAGGCAUCGAGGAUCGCCUGUACGGCCUCGAUCAGUUGUUGAACGAUGUUAAAAAGCUUGAAAAGGAUCAAAGAGAUCAGGCCACUUCUAUCAUACAAUGUCGCGAUCGCCUCAACUCAGCCUGCGAUCCAACAGUCCUGCCAACAUUAGUACAAUCACAUUGUUGCCAACUUGAAAAACUGUUAGUGGGUCAUCAGAAAAUCGUUGAUAUAAUCCGGAGGAUUGCUAAAUCCAAAGAGGAAUUGUCACAAGUUUUAAAAGCGCGAUUAGAGGCGGUGCUCCGCAUCGAGAACUCGAUGUCGGUGCAGGACGCGCACGCGAUGCUCUCGUUCCAGUGCCUGAACCGGCUGUCGCGCUACUUCGGCAUCGUGUGGCAGCUGCACCGCGCGCCGCGCGUGUUCGUGCGCGCCGUGCACGAGGUGGCGCGCCGCCGGACCUUCUCGCACGCGCACUUGCAGUGGGCGACAGAUCUAGCGGAGAAGCUGUUAAAAAUACACGAAGAAGAAGUCAGCAGACGUGAAGAGUUCAACACGCUGUUCGAAGGUCACUUCCUCAAGAGUCUGUUCCCCGGCAUGACGGACUUGCCGCCAACGUUUGCGACGCAAGCGCCACCUACGUUUGACUCCAAAUUGCCGAAACUCACUAAUGAGGAUGUUGAAUUUGUCUCGAGCGCUUUCCCAGAACUUGCGAAGGAUGUCCCCAAAUACGAUAUGGAUUCAACGGUGAAAUUCUUUCAACAAAGAUUAUCGACAUCUCAUCAUGGAGAUAAAGAUGUGAACGUUCAAGUAGAUCUUGACAGGGACUUCGAAUCGGACACGGAUUUCGAGAAGCUGGCGCGCCAGUCCGUCGCGCGCGCGGACGCGGCGAGCGCGUGCGCGCCGGACAUCGCGUGCGCGGCCACCGUGACCGAGGUACUGGCUAGUGAGGGGUUCGUCAACUCUGAGUUUUACAUCGACGAGUCGCUCGCCAGCAGCCUCGAGUGGGGCCGCGGACGGCAGGACAACAUGGACACGCAUAAAAUAAAUAUCGAAAAAUUGCAAGAUUUUUUAACAAAACUAUGUACUUUGUGUAAAGUAAAUAUCGUUUUAAUAAAAGAAGAGUUAACGAAACUAAAAAACGAUAUGGAUGAACAAAAACGGUUCAUGCAAGAAAAAUUUUUAGAAAUAACUAAAGCUUGGAGUCAGAGCAAUGAAGAAAUACGAAUAAGAUUUAGAGAAGAAAAACAGAGGUUAACGGUGGAUCACGAGUUAGAACUGAGUGACAUGAAAGCGACACUCAGUGAAAAAGAUGAGCUGAUAGAAACAUUAAAAAGAGAGAAGGAGGAGUUAAAAAAUCAGCACCAAAAGGAUAUAGAGAGGUUGGAAGCUGAACAUAAGAGUACAAAAGAUUUGCUGGAACAGACGCGCGGUGAAAUUAAAGUGUUCGAAAAUAAACUGGAAGAUGCCGAAGUUCAAAAGGCUAAAGAAAUAAAGGAAGUACAAGAAAAAAUGCAUCUCGAAUACAAAGCGGAAAUAGAAUCCAUGCGUUCAAGGUUCCGAUUAGUAGCCCUAACAAAUAACAUGGAUAGGUCACCAUCAGAAUCGAGUCUUGAGAAAAUAGAGCGCACAGAUGUAAUAGAGAUAAGUCAUCACAACGCAAUCGUGAUGCAGACCAAGGAAAAUGCGGAGGUGGAAAAGGAUCAAGCUAUUAAGGAUACCGUUGAGAAGUGUAAGGUGGAGUGGGAACAGAAGUUGAACGCUGAAAUAGCAUUGCUCAAAGCCAAGUAUGAGGCUGAGAAACAGGUAACAAUAAAUGAUGUGACCCGCCGCUUGCUAAUAGAGAAAGAUCGACAGUUAGAAUUGCUCCGCGAGCGCGAACAGGCGCUGACCCGCGAAUGCAGCAAGUACCGCGACACCAUACAACAGCUCACCGACCCAGAGACCAACGAUUAUGAUAGCCUGCUCAAAACACAGUUUGCGACCCUGGAAAACGAAAAAGCGCUAUUGCAACAACAAGUAGCUGAUCUCAAGAAAGAGUUGGAGAAGAGAGGAGAAGAAGGAGAGAAAAGUAGAGAGGAUGAUAGCGAUGGCAGAUCGUCACCAAAAAAAGAGGAAGGCAAGCGGAGUCGCACCCGCUGUCACACACCUGUAGGCUUGUCCGCUGGUGCGCUCAGCCUGUCAUCUUGUUUGCCUGGACACACUGUGCUCUUGCUGUGGGAUCCAGCUCAUCUUAAUUAUACCGUGCUACAGGAAGCGUCAAUUAUGUACUUCGUGCAUAGUGACUGUCUCGCGGCGUUAGAUCUCAGUAUACACGUCAAGAAUGAGAGCGAGAGGCGAUUAUAUGCUAUCGCCACCGUGGAAUCUAAAGAGUUUUGUUAUGCUAAAAAGAGUGGCAACCGCUACCAAAUGCCGCGCGGCUCGAAGUUCUACAGAGUGCGUGUGAAGCCUCUCAAGCCGCACCCACCACACCCCUCUUGCUGCGACCAUAGGCAUAAACAAGACGCACUGAAGGGCAGCGUGCUCAACGCGCUCGAAGCGCGCCCGCUCAAGAAGUGGCUGACCUAUAUGCAUGCAACAGACACCCAAAAGUCAGUAGACACAAGCCAAUCGACCAGCUCAGCGACAGACGAAGCAAGUCGCGUAGGCGAAGUGGCAACAGCCACACUCAUCAACCUUGAGUCGCCGGUGUCGUGCGAGAUCACGCCUGCACCACCCCAGUCGGAUCUGGACCAGCUGGACUCGAUUGAAUCUAGUGAGCAGUGGCAGAGCGCCAAGAUGCAAGUGUCGACUGCUAGUGCUUUAACGGAUAUGGAAUGCAGCGUGGGCCGAUGUCCAGGUCCUGAGCCCCUGGAACUAACAGUCAGCUCGGUAUCAGUAGUGGCUCGAGGUUCAGCUCCACCUGGCUCCGAACUUGCUGAGGAGGCCACCCCUUGACGACCGAACACUUUACACCUACGUCACUCCACACAGACUCACUAGAACGGCGGGUGAAAGAAGGACGAUACGCGUGAAUUGUUAACUCGGUGUAAAGUAGGUGGAUAAUGGACUCUGUUGCUUUACAUAGAAGAACGAAUUUGUUGUACCGUAUGAUACAGACUUAGUGUUUGAGAGAAUUUUGCUCCCGAACACUUUGCACCUACACAUACUAACGAGAGUGGUGUAUUGUAUUCACUUCACGUGUAAUUUGUUAGCAAGUCUACAUUUGAUGGAUAAUGGACUCUAUUUCAACUUGAGGAAGGACGAUUUUGUUGUGCCGUUUGAUACUCAGUGCUUGUGUGGAAUUUAAAAGGACAUGUAUGAGGUCGUGUUUAAAUAAAAACUUUAAAGUAUUAAGAUUUCGCAAUGUUUGGAUUGUAAGUUGUCGUUGAAGAGGUGGGUAGGGAUAACGAAUUUGAGUGAUUUUGGCGUGAGAAUUUGUUUAAAUUACUUAAAUGUUAUACAAUGUUAAAACGAACUCGUAUAGUAGUAUAUUACGGCGUACUGAAUGAUUGUAAAAUGUGACAAAGAUGCCAAAAGGGGGAGGAGGGAUGAGAUUGGGUGCAACUUUCAAAUUUCCUCCAAAAAUAUAUAAUUGAAAUAUUUUUCGAAAUAAUAAAAACAGCCAAUAACUUUAAUACCCACCUCAGCUACUAAUCUUAUUACUGUGCGUAUAAUAAAAUUAAAACGACGGUUACCUGGGAAAAUUAAACAAAAUGUUCUAACUUUUGUACUGUAUAGACUAUAGACACACAGUUCAGCGGUGUGUUGUGACAAAACUAGGUUUAAUUGUUGGGUCGUUGCCAAAUGGGAUCAGAGAAUGUGUUAUUGCACACACACACAUGUUUUGAAUCACGUUGGAAAGUAAAAACACAUUAGAUUGGGAUAUCCUGCAAUUUAAUUAUAUAUUUUUCUUAUAUGUAUUAUGUGACAUUCUAAAAACCGUUAGAUUAAAAUAACACUCGUGAGAUAAUUUUUUUAUGUCAUUACGGGUAACUGAGCUGGUAGCUUGUUUGAUGGUAAGCGAUCACCACCGCUUAUGAAGAUUCGCAGAGGUAGUGCCUAUGCGAAUGCGCUACCCGCUUUUAAGGUAAAAAGGAUAGGGAAAGGAUCGACGACUAGAAAGAAGGAAUGGACUGGGAAAGGUGAGGAAAAUGAAAGGGCCCUCCGGCUCCCACACUCACCGAAUGAAACACAGUAGUAUGCUACUUUCACGACGGUAUUCUGUGGGGGUGCGGUACUUCCCCGCUGCGCGCUGGCCCAAUUCGUGCCGAAGCGUGCUCUCGGCUACCACAUUAUGAGAUGGAAAAGUAUCGAAAAAUUAUCCGUAACAUUUGCUUGCAAUUUAUCGCAUUCUUUGUAAUCCAACGGUGUUUAUAAUUUCACAGUUAUGAACAUGUAUAUUUAUCGUCUCUUUGCAUUUUAUUACAGCUAUGAAAAAAAAAA